UUUGUUCACCAUGGACCCACAGUCUGCCGUGUGAUUCAAUCACAAGAUGGUACGCUUAACAAAAAAGAUGGCACUAGUUUCUAUUACAUUUGGUAAGAAGUUGGUCUUAAUUUUAUUUUGGGAAUAUAUUGUCAUUCAAAAAUGUAUAACAAUUGGUGUCUAAAAAGUCGUGACUCGCUUGUCCGUGAUGUGAAGAGUAGAUAGAUGGGGGAAUUGCUGUUCACUUCAAAAUGCAAUAUUCUUUGAAUUAACAUUCCUGGAGUCCAGUAUUUUGAAAUAAUUUGAUUUCAUAAACUCCAAUCACUGCCUGCCAACAGACUGAUGCCAAGCAUGUAAACCUCUACAGCACCCAAUUCUAAAGUCGGCUUUCAAGCAGCAUGCAAAACCCCUGGGUUACUCUGUUGGAAACCCCGUUACACCGACGCGCGCGCACACUGGCAAGGAGGUCGCGCUGACCGCGAGAGUCGGGCACGAGCGGCGCCGUCUGGCAUCUUGCACAGUAUUCAAUUGUCAUAUUUUGAAAACUGGAAAGCCCAAUUCAUGCAGAAGCAAAGCGUGGGAUUAUAAAAAUAACAAUUUGAUAUUCAACACCGUGGAGCAUGGCGGACGCGGACGUGGACGCGGAGGUGAACGGCAACUCUGCUCCAGUCAAGGAGGAUGAGGAGCCCAUGGACACCACCGCAGCCCACACAGAAAAUUACCAGACACUCAUCGACGCCGGCCUCGCCGAGAAAGUGGCAGAAAGCCUUGAUAGUAUAUUUCAAACAGGGCUGGUGGCUUAUGCUGACUUGGAUGAGCGGGCCAUCGAUGCCCUGAGGGAGUUCAAUGAAGAGGGAGCCCUGGCGGUGCUGCUGCAGUUUAAAGAGAGCGAUCUGUCCCACGUGCAGAACAAGAGUGCAUUUCUGUGCGGUGUGAUGAAAACAUACAGACAGCGGGAAAAACAGGGUAGCAAAGUUCAAGAAUCAACAAAAGGACCAGAUGAAGCCAAAAUAAAGGCUCUGCUAGACAGAACAGGGUACACGUUGGAUGUAACCACCGGCCAGAGGAAGUACGGAGGUCCUCCGCCAGAGGAGAUAUUCACUGGGGCCCAGCCCUCCGUCGGUACAGAGGUGUUUGUGGGAAAGAUUCCCAGAGAUCUGUAUGAGGAUGAGUUGGUUCCACUCUUUGAGAAAGCGGGCCCCAUCUGGGACCUGCGCCUGAUGAUGGACCCCCUCUCAGGCCAGAACAGAGGCUACGCCUUCAUCACGUUCUGCAACAAAGAUGCUGCGCUAGAGGCAGUGAAGUUGUGCGAUAAUUAUGAAAUCCGCUCGGGUAAAUAUCUUGGUGUUUGCAUCUCUGUGGCAAACAAUCGGUUGUUUGUUGGGUCAAUCCCCAAGAACAAGACCAGAGAAAGCAUUUUGGAAGAUUUCGGCAAAGUAACAGAGGGCCUCACAGAGGUGAUCCUGUACCAUCAGCCAGAUGACAAGAAGAAGAACAGGGGCUUCUGCUUCCUGGAGUACGAAGACCACAAGACGGCCGCCCAGGCCCGCCGCAGGCUGAUGAGCGGCAAAGUCAAAGUCUGGGGCAACCCGGUCACCGUGGAGUGGGCCGACCCAGUGGAGGAGCCUGAUCCAGAGAUCAUGUCAAAGGUGAAAGUGCUCUUUGUGAGGAAGCUUGCCACGGCAGUUACAGAGGAACUCCUUGAGAAAACAUUUUCAGAGUUUGGGAAACUGGAACGGGUGAAAAAGCUGAAGGAUUAUGCCUUUGUUCACUUCGAGGACCGGGAUGCUGCUGUCAAGGCCAUGGAGGAGAUGAAUGGAAAAGACUUGGAGAGUGAGCCGAUAGAGAUUGUGCUUGCCAAGCCUCCAGAUAAGAAGAGGAAAGAGAGGCAAGCACAGAGACAGACCCCCAGGGGCUCAGGGUAUGAUGAUUAUUAUUACUACCCUCCGCCACGUUUACCCCCUCCCAUGCGUGGGCGAGGGCGCGGUGGGCGAGGCAACUACGCUGCCUACCCGCCCGAUUACUACGGUUACGAUGAUUACUAUGACGACUACUAUGGUUACGAUGGUUACCACGACUACCGAGGGGGUUACGAGGACCCUUACUACGGCGGCUACGAUGACGCAUACGCUCCCAGAGGCCGAGGAGGUCGAGUGAGCAGAGGCGCCCCGCCCCCACCUCGGGUUCGCGGGGGGCUACCGCCUCCACGAGGCCGCGGAGGUUACGGCCAGAGAGGUGUGCCCAUGGGCGCCCCCCGGGGCACUAGAGGAGGUCGAGGGGGUGCCAUGCCGCAGCAGAGAGGCCGCGGGCCACGGGGCGUCAGGGGCAACCGCGGGGGCAAUGUGGGCGGCAAACGGAAGGCCGACGGCUACAACCAGCCCGACUCCAAACGCCGGCAGACCAACAGCCAGCAGAACUGGGGCUCCCAACCCAUCGCGCAGCAACCCCUGCAGGCUGGCGACUACUCUGGUCAAGACGCGCCAGCGGCUGCGUGAGCAUGCGUGAGGAACACACCUGUUCUCGGCUGUGUUCUUCUCCCUCUCCCAAGUCAAGGGUGAGCCUGGUUUAACCUCUUAACCGCUAAACUGGAGCUACUCUCAAACUGUCCACUGCUGCCCAUGUUUUUUAAUCAGUAAAAUAAAGUUUCACUACAGGUUUAGUCUGUGGCUACUGAGACAGAUAUGCUGUGGAUUUCACAUUGAUGAUGUCCGGCCACAAAAAGAAACUGUAUAAUGUGGUGUUUGACAAGCCACGUGUUAAGAUAAUCCUUUCACUAGCAACAUUUGAUGAAAUGCAGAUUCAUUGUUACACUAUUCAUUUUAUGUUGUAAAGCAUCGAACCCAAGCCGUGAUUGCCAGCAUCUUGUCCAGUAGUCACACUUACAUGAAUGUUCACCACUGCACUUCUCAUUAGGUGGUGAGAAGGGCCAACACACCCUUUGACUCCUUUUUUGUGUUCUGAAUUACAAAUUGGCCCUUGGUUAAUAUGUACACGUCUUCCUGUCUAAGGUGGAAUAGAAAAAGCACAGAAUUACUGUGUUUGGCCUGGUAAAUUGACAAUAUCAAAUCAAAUGUUCUAAGGCAAUCAGGAUAUACACUGUGGGGAGAAAAAUAACAUUCCUAAUUGUUGUGCCUCACCAAUGGGGACACCACGGGGACACCAACACAUCAUUGAAGCCCUUGUAGUAAUAAUCAUCUUUGGCAUUUUAGAUAUUUACAGGAUGACACUCGAACCCAAUUACUUUUAACUGAAAACUGCUUGUGUGAUGUCUUAAUAAAUGUGUGUGCAGAAUAUCAAUCCUAUGUUCAUAUGUAGAUCAAUGCCAUAGUCAAGAUUUCAACAUUUUCAAAGUCUAUUGCACUCUUGUAAACAGGACCUUUGUACAAAUUAGAAUCUAUAACUGAAUUCCCUUUGGGGAAACUGGUACUUGAAAUAUUGAAUUGGCCCGUGUAUGUCACAGAUUGUCCUGAGUAAGUGAAUUGAAGACACGAAAUGGAACUCAAACGAAACUCAACCAGAUGUUGGAAGAUCUUUGAGCUCAAAGCAUGCACGCACCCUCGACUGCAACAAAUUUCGCAAGACUAGCGCCUUUGCUGUGAUAUGGUGCAGAUUGGAUCACGCACUUGUGAAGAAGUGUGGUGGAAUACAUCUCCACUCUGUUCUUGCAUUUUUCUCCACAGAACCCUCCUAAAUUGAAUGCUAAAAAGUUCCACACUGGUGAUUGUCGAACAUGGAGGACUUAAAGUUCAGCCAUUGUCUUACAGAACGUAGAAACUAUAGAGAACAAAGCAAGAAGUUGUCACUCGAACAUUUUUUUCUUCAAAUUGAUGGCUUGAUAUCCUGUAAUUGUGUUGUCUUUCACAUGUUUUUAUCUGUUCAAGCUGUAGUAUAACGGUCCAGUUUUCUGGACAGAUAUUUACCCACUUUUCAUGAUUCAUUUCAUGUGAAUUGUAUUGCACUAAUGUAUUCAUUGUGACUGCACAGAACUUUCUGAAGUGAAUUCUAAUUAAUUUGUUCAAAAUAGUGAUGAGCUGUUUGUGUGAUAUACUGGGCAUUUUUAUCAAAUUAUUCCCACAUUCUGGAUUUGCGAACAUGACCACAUACUAUCUCACAUUUUCAAUGUUCACAGAGCUAUCUGAAAACUAUCAAGAACAAAAAACCCUCAUAUGCUUCUGUACUGAUGACCUUCAGGUAAAAGUAUGGCAGUCUUGGUAUUUAACUCCUUGCUUUUGUCACCUGACUUCUGAUCUAUUAGGAAGCGUGCUUGAGGUGGCCCCAGGUCGAGUCUCUUGCGUCAUGCUGUGGACUCGCUCGGUGGGGCCGCACUGAAGACAGACACGAGACAGCCGGACAAUUCUUUGGUAAGGAUGCUCUUUUGAAAACAAAAGGGAAGAGAAAAAGAGUUUGAAAUCGUUGUGCCUUGUUCCUCCACACCCACCCCGCUGUUUUAUUAAAACCCUCUAUGGUCCAGAUGGAAAAUAAUAAGGAAUGUGGGCUGGUGCCGGGGGGUCCCGAUAGGGGGAGUAAGAGCUUGCUCAAGACACCAUUUUGGGUAAGCACAAAAGAGUGAAAAAUAAGUCCCCUGUCCGCUCUGUUCUCAUUGGAAGGGGUCGGGUGUGAGGGGGCGCGGGGCAUGCCAGGUUUGAUCAAAUCUCUGCAGACUGCUUUAGCACUUGCUGCGUACAGCUUGGGCUUUGGGCUUCUUUUUUUUUUUUU